AUAACCUUACAUUUGUAACCAAUGAAAAAAAUACUCACUUCAGCUAGACUUGAAAGCCUAGGUAAAGUUUACGUAACUGAAAGUUUGUCUGUAGAGAAAGGUCUCGUUUCGAUUUCGAGUUCAGCGACUCGAAAACCCUUCUGCCGCCUGCGAUUCGAUCUCGCGACUUGUGGGGGUUACGAAGAACUGUGUUUUGCGGAUAAUAGUAACACGUUCAUCAGUUAAAUUGUCCCCUGAGCUUAUACCUCCUGCAUUGGCCUGCUAGGUUGCAUAGUACAGAUCCAUGGCAGAGCAUCUAGCCUCCAUCUUUGGCACUGAAAAAGACAGAGUUAACUGCCCUUUUUACUUUAAGAUUGGAGCCUGCAGGCAUGGGGAUCGAUGUUCAAGGCUGCAUACGAGGCCCUCCAUCAGCCCUACUAUUUUGCUUUCAAACAUGUACCAGAGGCCUGAUAUGGUAACACCUGGGAUGGAUAUCCAAGGACAAGCAAUGGAUCCUCGAAAAAUUCAAGAACAUUUUGAGGAUUUCUAUGAGGAUUUAUUUGAAGAGCUUAGCAAGUAUGGAGAAAUUGAAAGUUUGAAUAUAUGCGACAAUCUAGCUGAUCAUAUGGUUGGGAAUGUUUAUGUGCAAUUCCGAGAGGAGGAACAGGCUGCAACUGCAUUACGGUCUUUGCAAGGAAGGUUUUAUGCAGGUCGACCUAUCAUUGUUGAUUUUUCUCCGGUGACCGACUUUCGUGAAGCAACUUGUAGACAGUAUGAGGAGAAUACUUGCAACCGUGGUGGGUACUGUAAUUUCAUGCAUCUGAAGAAAAUAAGUCGUGAGCUGCGAAGAAGGUUAUUUGGAAGAUAUAGGAGGCACAGCUAUAGUCGGAGUCGAAGCAGAAGUGUCAGCCCAUACAGGGAUGGUGACAAACAUCGCUAUUAUGAAGAUCGUCAUCGUGGACAUGGCGGUCGUGGGCACGACAGAAGGUAUGACGAUGCGGAUGAUCGUGAUGGUCACCGUGGCCAAAGAACACGAAGCCGUAGCCCAGGAGGACGUAGAAGGGGACGUAGCAGGAGCUAUAGUCCUAGACGCAACAGGAGUCCAAUUCGUGAAGGCAGUGCCGAGAGAAGGGCUAAGAUUGAACAAUGGAACCGGGAAAGAGAAAUUCAAGCGUCAUCUGUUAAUGUUCAUCAGCCUAUGCAAAAUGGAGGAUCUUAUUCAAAUCAACCAAGUUAUGGAUAUUGAGCACGCUCAUUUAUGAUGUACAAGAACUGGAAGAUGGAAACAUUCAAGAAAGGCCUUGUUGCCUUUCAGUUUUUUAGAAGGUGCAUGUUCUACCGGCACAUGCUUUGUGUACAAAUCAUUUUUUAAAAUGUUUAUAUUACAGCAGGUGUAUGACACUAAUAGUGAAUUAAGUAAUGGAGAAAAUCAGUUGAAGCAAGCAGCUAUAAAAUUGUACUUAUUGUAGGCUUCCACAAUUAGGCAUUUGAUUAUCUAUCACAUUCCUUUGACGUCUCAGUGUUUUGUCAUUGUUUGUAACUUGACCCACAAGCCUAAAAUAAUCUUGAUAUGAUCCAUUAAACCCAAACAAAAUUGACUUGUGAAAAAGGAUUUGUUGAAGUGAGAAACUGUAAGGUUCAAACGUGGUAGCUAGGGGCAUUUGGUUAACCCUAUUAUUUGCUUGUAAUAAUAGCAAUCCUGGUACGUCUAGUCAUUACCAGUUUGUCAUGGUCUCUUAGGAGAUUGUGAAGUGCUAUGUUAUAGAAGAUUAUAGCAAGUUGUAAUGACAUUGACAAAUUCAAAUGACUUUAUAGAAAAUAUAAUGGGAUUGUUUGUUUGAUUGAC